GUGCUCAGAGGUUGGGAUGUCCGCGACUAUAAAUACACGUUGUGAGCGACUGCGCACAUUAUUUAGUCCUCAUAUCAGAGAGAGCCACUGGACCAGGGCUGCAGGGCUGGUGCAGGACACACACGGCUUCAACGCGGGGACAAUGUUAAGAAAGUGUCUCAUCCACAUCAGCCUGCGGAGGAACCGUCACCGGUAUGGUCUCCUGAGAGCCACGGUGAGGUAUGGAGACAUCCACCGCCGGGGCGCAACCUCCACCGCCGUGAUGGGUGACAACGUCAAACCGAAAACCAUGGACGACCUAGGCGGGCCAGGUUUUCUGUCCACCCUGAACUGGCUUUUUGUCAAAGGGUAUCUGAAAAAGUCGCAACUAAUGCAAGUAAGUAGGAGUAACGUGAGAAGUGGUCGGUGAGAGUGUGUUGUUGAAACAAACUGUUGCAUUUGACCGGUAGUGAACCCUUGUGGUUUUUAUCUGCAACCCAGAUUUCUGCAUUGACUUUCAGUGCAAGCAGACUGUGGCUCUACCCUAAGUAGGCUACACAUUCGUCCGGAUCACUGAGAUUUUGUCAAUCAAUGAAUACAGUUUCAAACACUGUAUCUGAAACGUGCUUAUUGACCUCUGCACAAUACAGAUAAAACUUUUCUGCACCACUGACUGCACUGAAAACUUAGUUCUUCACUCACAGUUCUUGGUUCUUUGGCUCCUCAUUGUCUUUGUCCGUUUCUAUCUGCAGCUUUUAUAGAAGUUGGUUUUGUUGUAUAAAGUUGUUACCUUGGAAAUUAGCCAAAUAGGGCACAGGUUGUGGUAUUUUCUGAGACAAUAGACUCCUUGUCAUGCAUGAGAGAGGGGUAGACACAACACUUUGUACACAUUGGAAAGAUCUGAUUUUUCAGCGUGUCUAUAAGUUUAAUGUAUCAUCUGAUUUUGACCCUUUAACUUGCAUUGGUUCCAUAUUGUUUCCCUGUUUUGUCUUGUUGUUAUUGUUGUUGAUAAGCAACUUCAGUCAUAGCUUAUCAUCUAUUUGUUGUUAUUUUUGUCUUUGCUGAUUGGUCAGCCUCUUUCUAGUGUAUGGUCUCUUUGCUGAUGCCUAACUCUUGUAGGAAUUUGUCAGUAUUUUUGUUUCUUUGUUAUUCCCCCAUUGCAGUUGAUUGUGGUAGUUUUUUGACCCCCUCUUGACACCCUGAGUCAUUUUUUCAUUUGCAGUCUCUGUUGUUGUCUCUUUGUUGACAACACACGUCUUUGCUUGUCCAGUGGAAAAAACGCAAUACAGUACAUCAUAAGUUGCUAGAAAGCAGUUUGUUGUUAGUUGAUCAUAAAUGAAUCACAAUUGUAUUGCUUAUAAAGUAAAGACUGCUAGCGUAUGGUGAUGAAGAAUUAUGUUGUUUGAGUUUGGUGACCUGACCCUGAAGCCUCACGUCCUCAUGAAAUGUGUAUUUUUGCAUCCAACCUAUUUUUACAUUAAACUCAUUGAACUACUGAUCAACUCACACUGUUUUCUUGCAGAUUGAGCACAAGAAGAUCUAUGGUCCUAUUUGGAGGUCAACGUUUGGCCCUAUAGUCCUGGUAAACGUGGCUUCUGCUGACCUGAUAGAGCAGGUGCUUAGGCAGGAGGGGAGACUCCCGAUCCGCACAGACAUGCCCCACUGGAGGGCCUACAGAGAGCUCAGGAACCAGGCCUAUGGACCCCUGACAGAGUGAGUGACACCAAUAUUAACCCUCUACCUUUAUAUCUAAUGUCCAAUAGCAUAAUGUAUUUAUUAUGUAUGUAUACUGUAAGCAGAUUUCAGUGCCUUUUUAAAUAAAUAAUUUGUAGGCCUUGUUCACUCGCUGUAUUUUUCAAUGCGUAAAAACCUUUGGCAGAGGGUAGGCAUCAGUCUGUUAAAUCAGCCUUAUUAAAAUUUUACAUGGUACAGAGUUAUUGUGUAAUAUAUAUGGGUUGUAAUAAAACAGGGUAAGAUUUAAAAAAAAAUGCCAAUGACGAUGCACUAUCAGGAAAAGAAACGGCACUGAUUUGUCCACAGGGGGCACCAGAAUCAACAUAAAACAAAAGUUCCCCACAGGAGCUUUAAUGAUAGAAAUUGUAACAUAAAGGUAUAGUACGCUAAUUUUAUUUAUGGAAAAAUUUGUAAUUCAAAUUUGCAUUGUAUUUGUAUGCUGUGCACGAUUAUGAAUAUACAAGCAAGACACGAGUUGAGGUCAGAUGCAAAGAGCACCCUAUUUCAUUGGUCACCAGAGAGAGUAAGUGGAUGUUGCGUUUCAUAACCAAAAGCAUGCUUGAAAAAGAAACUAUAAUAAUCCCUAAAGGAAACAUUUACUUUCCUCUCGUCUGUGUUUAAACUAUGAGCUCUGAACAAAUCCCUAAUUAACACCAAACUGUAUUAAGAAAGUAGGAAAAAAACCCACAGUCAUUGUUACCCGAGGUAUUAAGAUGAGGUUACCAUGAGUCAGCAUGCCAAGUAAGUGACUCAUAAUUUGCAUAACUGUAAAGAUGACAGACACAAGCUUGCUUUUCUCUGGCUCUGAGCCCAGCCUCUAAAUGAGAACAAGUGAAGGAGUUGCUACAGUUUGUUUUGGUAUUUAAGAUCUUGAUCUCACUCUGAAAGCUUAACCAAUGCAUUAAUCCUGGUUUGCAGAAUGGGUGCAAAUUGGCAGCGCAUCCGCAGCAUCCUGAAUCCAUGGCUGUUGAAGCCCAAACACGUCUCCUCCUACACCGACACCAUCAACCAGGUGGUGACAGACUUUAUCGACAGAGUGGCCUGGCUGAGGGAAACCAGUGGACAGGGAGUUCUGGUCAAUGACCUGGCUGGAGAACUCUACAAAUUUACUUUUGAAGGUCAGUGUCAUCAUUGUGGAAUCAUCUGUGGAAACUGCACAUGAUUAUAAUCAAGGAAAGUUCUUCAUACUCUUUAGUAUUAAAUAUGCAAGAAAAAACUGAAGGAAGCGAAGCAAACUGACAUGUACAGUUUAAGAUAAUGACGAUAACCUUGGCAGAAGAUAGAAGACAAUGCUUUUAGCCUUGAUUUAAAUGUCCUUGACUCCUUCGCGACUGCAGACAUUGAGUCCUGUAAGCCAUUGUCUUCCAGUUAUAGGAUGCUGAAAAACCAGUAUCUCUUUGAAACCCAACACUCUUUGAAAUUUUGUCAAUCUAAAGGUUAGGGAUAGCAGAGAAAAAAAUCUAUUCUGUACAAGAAAAGUGUUUUUUUCCCCCCUAAAGCAACUUGUCAGUGCAGAAACCAUCAUACAGGUUCUUGUCAGACACUGACACAGUUGUCAAGUCUUUUGACCUUGAAAGCUGAUUAGAUAAUGUGAGUUACCUCAUCACAAAGACAAGUCUGAUAUUUUCUUAUCAGGGUGUACUCUACUUAUCUUCUCAAUACUCAUUUUAACCUGCUUACAGAGGAUAUCAGUGAGCAAUUGUAGCACUAUGUUUUAUCUAAUUGGUGUAGAUAUGCAAAUCAGACGUCUCCCAGAUGUACUUUAAGAAAAAAAUCAGCAGUUCAAGUAUUAGUUUUUUAACCUCGGAGACUAAGAAGACCAACUUGUCUCUGUAUUCAGUAUGAUAUUUAAAAGUUAAUCAAAUGGCAAAGGUUUUUUUUUUUUUGGAAAUGAGAUCAAAUAACUUCUUUAUCAUAUCUUUAAAAAUGUGCAUGUGUUUGAUAUGGAAUUUUUCAACAAGUAAGUUAAUAUCAAAUACUCAAGUUUUUCUUUUUCUUUAAAUAAAUCUGUUAUUUACACUUUGACCAAUGUAAUAAAGUUUUUAAGUUUUGAUUUUAGGUAUACUUAGUAAAUGCUUUGAUUCAAGGAGGGUUAGUUGUAAGCAAGAGUCAGGGGCUUAAAGGAGCAAAAAAAAGGGCACAUGUAGUUUAAGAAGUAGCUAGGAGUUCUGGGAAACAGGCAUAGUCACAUUUUUUUGCAGAGAGUUGAAUGUCAAGGUAGGAGCAUAGUAAAUAAUGACAAUUCAUAAGAGGCUAAAGCCAGCUUAGUUCAGCCUGGCUGGUCUUUAAGCAGAAAAAAAGGCAGAAACGAGCUUGGCUAGCUGGGCUACUAUGAAGUCAUAAUCCACAUAUUAGUUCUUCAAGCUCAAUUAUGAGAAUUUGUUUUUGUUUAGUUUGUGUUAUGCAUGACUGUAGAAACAAAAGAUUGUGGUUUCCAGGGAUUUAUGUCACAAUCUGAGCUCAGCUCGCUGUUUCUCCGUUAAGCUAUUCUCAGAGCAAAGCUAAGCCAGCUGGCUACUCGCUUUAACUCCACGAAACUGGCACAAAUGAAAAAGUAUUUAUGGGUUUACUCAUGUCGAGCAAGAAGACGCGGAUAUUCCUAGACAGCUGGAUGUUAAAGCUAACUAGGAAAGGUUACCUUUUUUUGUUUACUUUUGGUUCAAGGACUAUUUUUUUUGGAAAGCACUGAACUGAUGAAGUUUAAGGCUAACUUCUCUAAAAUGGCAUGUUCACAGUUUACUUGCCGGUGCAGUUUUGAGUUGUGUUUUGGUUUUGAGGAAACCAAAACAUAUUUCAGUCUGGUGAUGGAUCCAGAGGACAAACCGUGUCAAUAUAACAUUUUUGUGCUUUACUACAGGGACCUGCUCCGUGCUGUUUGAGAAGCGUAUGGGCUGCCUAAACGAGGUGGUGCCAGAGAAAACCCUGAAGUAUAUCGACAGUGUGGGAGAAAUGUUACGGCAAUCUCAAAUUGUCAUCUUCUUCCCAAAGUCCACCUGGCCUUACCUGCCCUUCUGGAAAAAGUUUGUGAAAGCUUGGGAUUACCUCUUCAACGUUGGUAAGGAUACCAAUGUUGAUAACAUAGUGCUAUUGUGUUAAAGAAAUACACAUACUGCCUGCCUUGAAACUGUUUAAUGAAAUUUAUUGAUUGUAUUUGGGUGUUGGCUCCCAAGAAGUGUUUGUUUGCAUGUUAAGUUAAUCACAAACAACUUUGAAAGGAUACAUGUCAGACAUCAUGUUUUACAAUACUGUGAUUUCUCUUGUUCCCACAUUUGAUUCAUUUGUGGCCUCUCACUGUAUUUUCUUUGUUUGUUUCUUACAUUUUAGACCAGAGUUUAGGGGGUAGUUUUAAACCACUAAAGGCUGCUCAGUUCACUUCCCCCCCCAGCCCUUGCAGUUUUAUUGAUAAUACACUCUAGACCAGUGGUUCUCAAGUCCAGUGCUCGAGGCCCACUGUCCUGCAUGUUUUGGAUGUUUCCCUGCUCCAACACACCUGAUUCAAAUGAUCAGCUCGUUAUCAAGCUCUGUAAUGGCUUAAUAACGAGCUGAUCGUUUGAAUCAGGUGUGAUGGAGCAGGGAAACAUCUAAAACAUGCAGGACAGUGGGCCUCGAGGACUGGACUUGAGAACCACUGCUCUAGACAGCCCUCAUCCGAGCCCCUCCCCCUCCUCCUCUACUGAAUGUCGUCACUAAAAGUUACCAGAGCUCUGGCUUCACGGUCGUUUUCCAGUUACAUAAUUGAAUAAUUUCAAGAAACCAGACUCGGUCAAAUAGCAAUGUCCACCUCGCAGGUCCUAGUUGCUCUGAUCAAACUACUUGCUUUUCAGUGUCGGUGUUGCGAGGUGAUAUUAACAGAAGUAUUUUCUCUUGUUUUGAAUAGCUGAAGAGCUGGUGCAGGAAAAAAUGAAGGAGAUUGAGGAAAGGGUGAAACAGGACCAAAAUGUGGAGGGAGCGUAUCUCACACACCUGCUACUCAGUGAUAAGAUGACAGUCACUGAGAUCCUGGGCAGCAUCACUGAAAUCCUGAUGGCAGCAGUCGACACAGUAAGUUCAACCUGAGUGUUCACCCAAAUAAAGAAAGCUCUUUAAUCCGAGCAGACUGAGAGAGAACAAAAGUGCAGACUGCAUUGAUUGAACAGAUGGUAGCCUAGUUUCUUUCUUUUGUAGACCUCCAACACCAUCGCUUGGUCUUUAUACGAGUUGGCAAAGGAGCCAGAAAUCCAAGAGAAGCUGUACCAGGAAGUCAUAAGUGUUUGUCCCGGAGAUAAGGUGCCAGUGAGUGAUGACAUUGCACAGAUGCCAUACCUGAAGGCCGUCGUCAGAGAGACACUACGGUAACAGGAUUCUGUCUUUAUCAAUAAAUCAUAUCAACAUCACAGCUGAUCGCUGAAGCAGCUGGUCUUUAGAUGAAUUUGCUGUUUUAUCAAAGGGAAAUAUUGUAGAGCUGGAGGGUGAGGCAGAAUAAGUCGGAGGGUCCCACCUCACCUUGAUCAGGUUCCAGUCGGCUCACACUCCCCACUCUCUAUACAUUACCUUUCUUAUUACCUAGCAUCCGACAGAGACAUGAAUAAUUUGAUGCUGAAUCUUGAUUUAAAGAUAAUUUUCUUGAUUCAAGAUUGAUCUACACUAAAAAAAAAUAGUCCCUUACAUUUCAUGGUUGUGGGGAAUAAUCUAGUUCUGCUCAGUGCGAAUUACUUCUAUCACUAAUGAUCAUUAAAUAAGUAUUCAUACAUUUGUAGAUCUUGUACAAGACGCAGGGUUUAAAACUUUCAAACUAUGGAAACAAUAUCUUCUCUGAGUUGCUCUUACUGGAUAACAGAACUGUUUAUCUUCAGCUGCCUCCUCCUGACUGUGGUCUGUUCCCUCCAGGAUGUAUCCAGCAAUAGCAGGGAACGCCCGAGUCACUGCUGAAGAGGAGGUCGUGGUUGGAGGUUAUGUCUUCCCCAAAAAGGUGAGACAAAUAUAUGAAAUAUAUGAAAACUCCAUAUAUGCUGGUUCUUCAGACAAUGUGUCAUGUCAUCUUCUUUCAGUCAGUUCACUGGAUGAACUCAUGAUAUGGGCCAACAAACCUUGCAAGACCUAGACUCACACAUAUAAAGUGUAGCACAUAGUGUUAUCCUCAAGGGAAGACAAGUUGUUGAUGUGAUCGUUUAUUUCAGAGUGAUGGAUUGUGAUGGUUUCUAUUUCAGAUAAAGUAAAGCCUGUCAGCAAUGACUCAAAUGUACAUAAGGCUGCACAGUCUGCAGCUUCAGAAAGUCUGCAGUGUUGAAAUGUAGUUGGAUAUUCUGAAGAUUUUAAAAUAAUGUAGAAUGAUGUGAAUAUGUGCCACAUUUUGGGUGGUUUUAGGAAAAUAUUAACAUCUCUGUAACAUCUCUUACAGACGCUGUUCCACCUCUGCAGCUAUGCUGCGUCCUAUGAUGAGAGCGUUUUCCCAAACCCUUACGCUUUCUUUCCUGACCGCUGGCUGAGAGGUUCAGAGGAGAAGUUCAAGCAGCACCCAUUUGCAUCAUUGCCAUUCGGGUUUGGGAUCCGGGGAUGUCUGGGCAGACGGUUUGCUGAGCUGGAGAUGUACCUCUUUCUGUCCAGGGUAAAGUCUUCUUCCUGUUUCUAUUGAUGUCUCUGAUUUGCUGUGGUUUAACAAACAGAGGUUAGAUUGAAAUGACCAGUUAGUACAGAUCAGACAUGACACAGCUUUGUAAGUAGUCACUUAAAAGUCAAAUCCAUGUCUAACUGAAAACCAUGUCUUUCCAAAACCUUAUUUUUGGAUGAGAUUUUACAAAAAUUGGCACAAUCCUUACUCAAGCGUUUCCUCUCAUUCAGCCACGACAGCUGCAGUUUUCUCCCAAAGGUAUUGGAUGGGAUUGAGGUCAAUGUUUCCAUGCCAAACUGGAAAAAACUAUUGUUAAAUGGCUGGGGUUUGAGAAUGAAAGUAUUGUUGUACUGGAACAAAAAUGGUCCCUCCCUACCUUGUUCAACAAAGUUGGCCACUGUUAUUCAUAACAUUAUCAAACUUUUAGUAAUUAUGUGGGCCAAAUGCCUUUGUGCACGGGAAAAAGUUGUUAUUCUGGUUCUUUACUGCUGACUGGGCUCCUUUUUUUCCCUUUCAGGUUCAGCCAAGCAAUCUUUGGUGGAUAUAUAUUUACACCAGAAUAAGUGAGGGUUGAAUACUUUGCCUGGCUGACCAAAGCUUUGCCCUCCAGCUCAGCGGGUUGACUUAACUGUUAGCGAGGAAUUUAAAGGCCCACCUCAACCAAAAGUUAGAUUGAGCCAGCAUUUCCAAUAUGGUAACCACCAUUGACAGGCUUCAAAACCCUGUGAGGAAACCUAUCAACAUGCACUGACAGUUUCAUGGCCUGUUGUUCCUUCUGUGCCCAAGCUAGUCCAUCUGGAAAAGGGUGCUACAAGCAUCCCUGUACCUUUUUUUGGGCAUCAAGUCAAGGUCAGGGUGGAACAAGAUGUUCUGGCAGUACGAGUUGUACUCCACUGAUGUAAUCAGUAUUUUGUUAAUAUAACAGUACAAAGCACAGACAGCAGAGUGUAAGCAGUAAGUAAUGGGUAAAGGAUCAACUAUGCCAGGUAACCACUAUAAUCCAAGAGAUUUUACGAGGAAUAUCUUGGUUUGGAGAGGUUCAAAAAUCCCAAACACACACACACAAAAACAACAACUCUCUUUUCACAGAAUUUGUAGGAGACAGUUUCUGAAACUGACGUCUCUGUGGGCUGCUCUAAGAAACUUGUGCACACAUUUUAUUCAAGCAUGUAUCAAAUUUUCAAAAACCAAUGAUCUGAUCAAGAAAGCGUCAGUAAACUGAAGUAACGGCCCCUGUUUGCAUAGUAAUCAUCCGCUUUUUAUUUAUUUGAAUCCCUGAGUUUUCAACCCUCCAGCCAGAGCACAAAGGCUGCUCUACUUCUAUUAGUCUUGGCGGUGUGACCCAAACAAAUUACCAAGAGUUCCCCCGACUUGGGACUCAGUCAUGAGCCAAAAAACACAUUUAAAAAUCAUCCAGCCUGUCAAACUACAGGUAAUCAUUAACCUAAAUAUUGACUGUCUGCCUCUUUUUCCUUGUAAAUAGAUUUCCUGCCAAAACCUUUCUUAAUUAAAUAUUGUCUCCUUUUUAUUUUGAAGAUGAUAAAAAGCUACAAGUUGAGGCCGGAUCCAACAGGAGCUGAAGUCGAGCCGAUCACCAGAACCUUGCUGUGUCCUGCAAAAGAGAUCAACCUGCAGUUCCUGGAGAGAAAAGUGGAGCAGGAGGAGCCCAGAGCAGCCACUGGAGUUUCCCUGUGAGCUGUUUUGGUAUUCACUCUGUGAUGUCUGCCUGGCACCAGGCACUGGUUUCUAAAGCGUUCUCACCAUUAGGACUGACUGAAAUGCACUAAAACUGAAAAAUACAAGGCAAACUGAUGAGAAUCGAAAUGUUUUACAGAAAAUGCUAUUUUUUGUGCAUAACUUUUUAUCCCACCAGUUUUAAGGCACCGUUAUUUCCUCAAACAGUGUGUCAGUAGGAUUUUUUUAGUGUUUCUAAUUUUACACAAAAAGGCCCUUCUUAAGGUCUGACUUUGGAUACUCAAACAAAACUUGUUUGUUAGACAUGCUAUGGCCAUAUUCUGUUUAUGGGAACAACUGAAAAUGCUAAAGUAUAAACUGAAAAUAGCUAGCUUUAUCUUUUUAAAAAUGCUGCAUUGGCACUUGCAAAUUGCUCUGAGUGCAAGCCCGGUGGCCAAGGCCAAGUUUUGGGAAUCUGGUUUCCAGGUACAUCCCAUGCUGCUUACUGGAAACUCACAAAUUGAGCACUGUCUAUAAAAUAAAUAAAUAUAAUGUUUGUGAAGGUCAAAAUUCCUGGUACAACAACGGGUUAAGCUCCAUCUUUUUGGUAAAAUAAAAAACUGCUCUCGUUCUGGAUCGUGCUUCCUAUAUAUACAUUGUUUACAUUUAUUUUCUAAUAGGUUUUAGAGACCACAUGUGCACACAGUGAAUUUAAGUGCCCUUAUUUUUCUCUCUAGUCACGUUCAAAUGACUUUUACAUUUAAUGUCAAAUGUAUCCAGUUGCAAUGGUGGUUGGUAAAGAAGACAACAAAGACAAAGAGGCUAAAUACUAUCAAUUUGAGUGUGCUCUCAUACGCCGGCCAUCCCUGCUCAUGCUAGUACCUGGGCUAGGCCACCCCUGUCAAAGAAGUCAGGACACGCCCCUGCCUCAGUGUUAAAGAAACUAAACUUGUUAAGCAGAAAUUCUAACUUGAAAACUUUGUUCAGUCAGAGGUUUACUGCUAUAUUUUAGUACGUGUUGUACAUACAGAUUUGUAUUACAAGGUUUUAUUGUAAUUUGUUUUGUGAUUUACAAUUUCUAGUUUGUUAUUUGUAAUGAUCAGUAUUUCAUAUUUUUUGACUUAUGUUUUCCGUGGGUUGAGAUGACCUGUUUUAUCAUCUCCGUAAACAAGUAACCCCUCAUCCAGGAGGUUAAAACAACAUUUCAACAGUUCAAGCCACACACUUGGUUAGAAUCUUUACUGAAUAAUCUCCAUGUAUUUGUCCUGUUUUUCUUCAAUAAAGGCAGAAACAUGUAAUAUU